CCGCGCGGAGCUCCCCGAUGCCAUUGCCCCUCCCACUACUGUUACUUCCGUCUCACUUUCAAUUGCUGCGGCGUGUUAGGGGUCGCUAGCUUCUUUUUCCUACUGUCUGUGCUUGCAGCAGUAACGACAAAAAAAGUCAAAAGAGAAUGUGUUGCAACAUGUAAGCCUACUAGCAAUUGUGUUUCUGGCUAGGAAGCAAAAGGACUCCCCAGAACCAAGAAAUACGGUAAUCACGGGCCCUCCUUUUUUCUGUGGCUCAACUUCUACCCAGCAACUAAGGCCCUUGACCCCGCCCUUUUUCUCUUAUUGGACAACUUGAAUCGUCAUUUGCCGUUCCGAUUGGUCAUCCUUGAUCGUCCGGAUUUUUCCAAUUGGCGAAGCUGCCAGGGGAUUUUUCCCCCCCCCCGCCCCCGUUUGGUUCGCUGAGGAGGCGGGGUCGUUUCUGCGGGAUUAUUUUUCCGGAGCCUCUUCUGAUUGGGCGAUGUGGCGCAAUGCUCGCCACCCUUUAAGAUACCAAACUGUCCGCAUUUCUGACCUGCUCCCGCCGGUAAACCGAAACCCAGUAGAGCCAGGCUUGGGCAUCUGCAGAGGGCGAGGAACUAACUGGUCGCGGCGCUGGGUGGGCUUGCAGCUGUGACGCUUAUGUGGACACGUCAGUCUCCCUUGGUGGUGGUUCACCUCGGUUUCCCAGUUUAUAUUACUGACGUCAACAGAUAAAUGAUUGCUGAAUAAGGAAGAAGAAUUGGAAUUGCUUCAAGCCUCCAGACUUUUAGCACUAGUCCCACCCACUCCCUUCUACUUCCAGGUCGGGGGGCGGGUCCGAAAGAAAGGCGGAAGCCAGUGUGCCCGGCGUUCUCACGCCCGUAACAAUUUCUGAGUGGGGCGUCGCUUGAGUUUUUCGGAAAGUCUCCACACCCCCCCACCCAUCGUCUUUUUAGGAAGUCCCUUAAUGUUUGGCUUCAUUAUUUCCACAUCCCCUUCCUAACUACUUGCCUGCUCUUCUGGAGAAAAAGACUGCGGAAAGGAGAGAGAGGUGGGGCUGUGAGUAGAAACAAGCAAACCGCAGGUCCCUGUUGGGGGACCCUCCAGGAAGAAGAGUAAUUUCCUGCCUUCUUGAAUUGGCUACUACAGUCAAUUAUUUUGUUCCCAACCCUAGAGCUUCAAUUGCUCCUUCACUUAGCAAUUUCCCAAGAACCCUGGGCGACAGUUAUGGAGAAGCGUCUGCAGGAGGCUCAGCUGUACAAGGAGGAAGGGAACCAGCGCUACCGGGAAGGGAAGUACCGAGAUGCUGUGAGUAGGUACCAUCGAGCUCUGCUUCAGCUGCGGGGUCUGGAUCCGAGUCUGCCCUCUCCAUUACCUAAUCUCGGACCUCAGGUCCCGGCCCUCACGCCUGAACAAGAAAACAUACUGCAUACCACCCAGACUGACUGCUACAACAAUCUAGCUGUUGUGAAAUAGGGAAUGUGUUUCCCUUCUUAAUCAUCAAAAGGCAGAACAUUGACCUGAAUUGGCUUCUCCGCAGCCUGUCUCCUUCAGAUGGAACCCGUGAACUACGAACGAGUGAGAGAAUAUAGUCAGAAAGUCCUGGAACGACAGCCUGAUAAUGCCAAGGCCUUGUAUCGGGCCGGAGUGGCCUUUUUCCAUCUGCAGGACUAUGACCAGGCCCGCCACUACCUCCUGGCUGCCGUCAAUAGGCAGCCUAAAGAUGCCAACGUCCGGCGGUACCUCCAGCUGACACAGUCAGAACUCAGCAGCUACCAUAGAAAAGAGAAGCAGCUCUACCUGGGCAUGUUUGGUUAACAGAGAAGAAAGAUGCUCCUCCAGUUGAACUUAGGUGGACCAUUAAACAUGCAUGAAGGAGAAACCUGACCCUCAGCAAGAUAAAUUAACCCUAUACCUCUGACCCAGGUGGAUUUUUGUUUCCAGUUCUGCACAAACUUUACUACUUAGACAGUCUGAGUCUUUUUCUGUCUAUCCUGUUUAUUUCUAUAGCGUUCAAUACAUGUUAUUGUUGGGGAUAUUUGCCUUGAGAAAUAUAAUCAGAAAAUAUUCAUCA